GCUGUAUAAGUGGCCAUAAGGGACUAUGAAUGCAAAAACAAUUAGGAAACAAAAGAAAACUGUAGUUUGAUGAUAGUAGACGUACGUGUUUUGUAAUUUACUCAAACCUUACGCUUGGACCAAAGAAAGCCGUUGAACAGGGAGAGGCAAAUCCAAGGACGAAGAUCUUUGGCCUCUCCUCAACGAUAAGGAAAAGCAAACACCCAAUCCCCAAAUCCCCACAUAAUAAACCCCAUCUAUUUCUUCUCUAUCACUGCCACUGAUUCAUUCCUUACUCGAUUACUCAACAAUGGCUUCUGCAGCAUCACCCACCACUCUCUCACUCAUCCCCACAACUUCUUCGUCUUCCACUACCUCCCGUAGCAGCCCCACUGUUCGCCUGCCUUCUCGCUUUCUGCGCUCCCCACUUCGUGGCCUUGGAUUCGCCGCCGCUGCUGCUGAUCCCCUAUUCUCUGCACAUGUAGCCUCCAAGCUCCAAUCCCUCAAAACCUCCGCCAGACCAAUCACAGGCGUUGUCUCUAUGGCCAAGAGGAGCGUUGGAGACCUCUCUCCUGCCGAUCUAAAGGGCAAGAAGGUGUUCGUUAGGGCUGAUUUGAACGUGCCAUUGGACGACAGUCAGAAUAUCACAGAUGAUACAAGAAUCAGAGCCGCCGUCCCAACCAUCAAGCACUUGAUCAGCAAUGGUGCUAAAGUCAUCCUUUCUAGUCAUUUGGGUAGGCCAAAAGGUGUGACUCCCAAGUACAGCCUGGCUCCUCUUGUUCCCAGACUAUCGGAACUGAUUGGUGUUGAGGUUGUGAAAGCGGAUGACUGUAUUGGUCCAGAUGUGGAGAAGCUGGUGGCUUCACUUCCUGAUGGUGGUGUUCUUCUUCUUGAAAACGUAAGGUUUUACAAGGAGGAAGAAAAGAAUGAUCCUGGAUUUGCAGAAAAGCUUGCUUCACUAGCGGAUCUUUAUGUCAAUGAUGCUUUUGGAACUGCCCAUAGAGCCCAUGCCUCAACUGAGGGAGUCACAAAGUUCUUGAGGCCAUCUGUUGCUGGUUUCCUUUUGCAAAAGGAACUGGAUUAUCUUGAUGGGGCAGUUUCAAACCCAAAAAGGCCAUUCGCUGCCAUUGUUGGGGGUUCAAAGGUGUCAUCCAAGAUUGGAGUGAUCGAGUCCCUUCUUGAAAAAUGUGACAUAUUGCUUUUAGGUGGGGGUAUGAUCUUCACAUUUUACAAGGCACAAGGGCUUUCAGUAGGAUCCUCAUUGGUGGAGGAAGACAAGCUUGAUCUUGCAACCACACUCCUUGCAAAGGCCAAGGCAAAAGGAGUCUCCCUCUUGCUACCAACAGAUGUCGUCAUUGCUGACAAGUUUGCACCCGAUGCAAACAGCAAGAUUGUGCCAGCAUCAGCUAUCCCUGAUGGCUGGAUGGGACUAGAUAUUGGACCGGAUUCUGUCAAGACUUUCAAUGAUGCCUUGGAAACGACCAAAACUGUCAUCUGGAAUGGACCGAUGGGAGUCUUUGAGUUUGACAAAUUUGCAGUUGGAACAGAGGCAGUUGCAAAGAAACUGGCUGAACUUAGUGGAAAGGGGGUGACUACAAUCAUUGGAGGUGGAGAUUCAGUGGCGGCUGUCGAGAAAGUUGGAGUGGCGGAAGUGAUGAGUCACAUCUCAACAGGUGGUGGUGCAAGUUUGGAAUUGUUGGAAGGAAAAAUACUCCCUGGUGUUGAUGCUCUUGACGAGGCAGUUGCUGUUCCUGUGAGGUAAGUUUCUCCUGCGUGAGAAGGGGAACUCGUGAUCUGAAGAAGAAGAACGUGCGAUAGCAGGUUGAGGAAGAACCACAGGCUGUUUUAUUUUCUUUUUCGAACUGUGGUGUACGGUUGAUGAAAAUCAUACUGUGGAGAUAUCUUGUGUAACUUUUUGGCUUUCUGUGUUUCUGUUUUUGUUUCUGUUCUCGUGAGAACUGUGCAGGAAGACAACUUGGCGACCGCAAUCGAUUCCAAUCUUCUAGUUUUGAGAAGACGCGUUUUGCCCUAAAAGAAAAAAUUAUACGUGAUUUUCUUUUCUUUUGGGCCCUCGUUGAGAUCUAAAAUUUUUAUUGCAACCCAAUAUCGUUAUUUAUUUAUUUUG